GUCUCUUCCAUUUCGCAGCCGCUCCCCUGCCCCUCACCCCCUGAGAAACCCUAACUCUAGACUCUCAUCUUCAGCACGCGAUGGGUCGAGUAAUUCGGUCGCAACGUAAGGGUGCGGGGUCUGUCUUCAAGUCCCACACCCACCACCGCAAGGGUCCGGCCCGUUUCCGCUCCCUCGACUUCGGCGAGCGCAACGGUUACCUGAGGGGUGUAGUCUCCGAGAUCAUCCACGAUCCGGGUCGCGGUGCUCCCCUUGCUCGUGUUGUGUUCCGCCAUCCCUUCCGUUACAAGCAUCAGAAGGAGCUAUUCGUCGCCGCUGAGGGCAUGUACACCGGUCAAUUCAUCUACUGUGGCAAGAAGGCUAACUUGAUGGUAGGAAAUGUUCUUCCUCUUAGAGCUAUUCCCGAGGGUGCCGUUGUCUGCAAUGUUGAGCACCAUGUUGGUGACCGUGGCGUUCUUGCUAGAGCCUCUGGUGAUUAUGCUAUUGUUAUCAGUCACAACCCUGAUAAUGGAACUACCAGAGUCAAGCUUCCCUCUGGAGCAAAGAAGAUUGUGCCAAGUGGGUGCAGGGCUAUGAUUGGUCAGGUUGCAGGUGGUGGCAGGACUGAGAAGCCACUUCUGAAGGCAGGUAAUGCAUAUCACAAAUACCGUGUGAAGAGGAACUGCUGGCCUAAGGUUCGUGGUGUUGCGAUGAAUCCUGUCGAGCAUCCCCAUGGUGGUGGUAACCACCAGCAUAUUGGGCACGCUAGUACAGUUAGCCGCUUUGCUCCACCUGGUCAAAAGGUGGGUCUCAUUGCAGCCAGGAGGACAGGUCGUCUUCGGGGACAAGCUGCCGCUGCUGCUUCAAAAUCUGAUAAGGGUUCUUAGAUUGUUGUGCUAUUUUGAUUUGUCUUUCCGGACUAUGUUAUGUUUGACAUCUUGCAAGUGGAGUAGUAAUGUGGUUCCUAUUGUUGUUUUUGUUGUCGAGUUUAAGACAAACGUUUGUUUUCUUUGGGAUUUAAUGGUUGUGUUUUUAAAUAGAUUACUAGCAAGAACGAAUAUUGUUUGGUUUUGAAAUGUUAGCUUUCUUGAUUGUGAGUUUUGGAGCCCA